UUUUUGACAAAUGACAAGAAACGAAAGCCGACCGCCUCGUUUGUAUACAUUAAAAAUAUAAAUUAAAUAACGUGGAUUAAAAAGCUCAAUCAUGGUGCGUGUAGGCUUGCAAAUAUCGGCCAAUCUGGAAAAUAUUGAAGAGCUAAAGACUUGCCAUCCUGACUACUCCUUCUUUGUAAAGCUGACCUGCACCAACUGCGGUGAAACCUCUGACAAAUGGCAUGAUAUUACAGAAUCGGAGAGGACUCAACAAGACUCCCGCAAUCCGGAUGGUUUUAAUUUCUAUAUGAAAUGCAAAAUGUGUAGUCGAGAAAAUUCUAUUGAUAUUGUGGAAAAAUCGAAUGUUGCUUAUACUCAGGAGGAUAGCGGUAAGUUCAAAACAAUUGUCGUUUUCGAUUGCCGAGGAAGCGAGCCUGUGGAAUUUUCUCCCCGUGUUGGAUGGAUCGUAAAAUCUGCGGAAAAUGGCCAAACUUUUGAAAAUGUUGAUCUAUCCGAAGACGAUUGGGUAGAUUACGAUGAAAAGAACAGUAACUCUGUUGGUAUAUAUGAAUUUGCAUCCAAAUUUAUAAAAUUAAAGAAGUAAACAUGAAAAUUACCUAUGCCACUCACAGCACUACAUGGAGCAAUACGUUUUAAAAAAAUAUACAUUGUAAAUUUGUUAAUAAACAUUUAUUUUUAUUAAA